UUCCAGGCGCCGCACAGGUAACGCCGCCGCUGCCGCCAUAUUGACAGAGCGGAGAACGGGGAGGGGGCCCGAGGAAGCGUGGUGAAGCGGGAGAGUCACCGCCGAGCGGCCGUCGCGGCGGCGGCGGUGGUGAUCUCCAGCCGAGCGGCAGCUCUCGGAGAGGCAGCACAGAGUUGUCUUCUCUAUGGGGAGCAGCAGCCUGCGGCGGCGGCAACCCCUCGCUCUCAGCCUCUGAGGGACUUGGCAGCGAGGGCAGCGGUCGCUGAAGGCGGGGCUGGGGGUCCCAGCAGCGGAGGCAGCGGCAGCGGGCCAGCUCAAUAGAUGGGAUGAGUGGCCGCGCCGGCGGUUGGCAGCUCUCGUUCGAGUGCUCCUGAAGGAGCGAUGCUACCGUCUGCCCCUCAGGACGAGCCCUGGGACCAAGAAAUGGAGGUGUUCGGCGGCGGCGGGGCGAGCAACGGCGAGGUAAAUGGUCUUAAAAUGGUUGAUGAGCCAAUGGAAGAGGGAGAAACAUAUUCUUGCCAUGAUGAAGGAGUUGUUAAAGAAAUUCCUAUUACUCAUCACGUUAAGGAAGGAUAUGAGAAAGCAGAUCCUGCACAGUUUGAGUUGCUCAAAGUUCUUGGUCAGGGAUCAUUUGGAAAGGUUUUUCUUGUUAGAAAGAAGACUGGCCCCGAUGCUGGGCAGCUCUAUGCAAUGAAGGUGUUAAAAAAAGCUUCUUUAAAAGUUCGAGACAGAGUUCGGACAAAGAUGGAGAGGGAUAUACUGGUGGAAGUAAAUCAUCCGUUUAUUGUCAAAUUGCACUAUGCCUUUCAGACUGAAGGGAAGCUGUAUUUAAUAUUGGAUUUUCUCAGGGGAGGAGAUGUCUUCACAAGAUUAUCAAAAGAGGUUUUGUUUACGGAGGAAGAUGUGAAAUUCUACCUCGCAGAACUGGCCCUUGCUUUAGAUCAUCUGCACCAAUUAGGAAUUGUAUAUAGAGACCUGAAGCCAGAAAACAUUUUACUUGAUGAAAUAGGACAUAUCAAGUUGACAGAUUUUGGACUCAGCAAGGAGUCAGUAGAUCAAGAAAAGAAGGCCUACUCAUUUUGUGGUACAGUAGAGUAUAUGGCUCCUGAAGUAGUAAAUAGGAGAGGCCAUUCCCAAAGUGCAGAUUGGUGGUCAUAUGGUGUACUUAUGUUUGAAAUGCUUACUGGUACUCUGCCAUUUCAAGGUAAAGACAGAAAUGAAACCAUGAAUAUGAUAUUAAAAGCAAAACUUGGAAUGCCUCAGUUUCUUAGUGCUGAAGCACAAAAUCUUCUAAGGAUGUUAUUCAAAAGGAAUCCAGCAAAUAGAUUGGGUUCAGAAGGAGUUGAGGAAAUCAAAGAACAUCUUUUCUUUGCAAAUAUUGACUGGAAUAAAUUAUAUAAAAGAGAAGUUCAACCUCCUUUCAAACCUGCUUCUGGAAAACCAGAUGAUACUUUUUGUUUUGAUCCUGAAUUUACUGCAAAAACACCUAAAGAUUCUCCUGGUUUGCCAGCCAGUGCAAAUGCUCAUCAACUCUUCAAAGGAUUCAGCUUUGUUGCAACUUCUAUUGCAGAAGAAUAUAAAAUCACUCCUAUCACAAGUGCAAAUGUAUUACCAAUUGUUCAGAUAAAUGGAAAUGCUGCACAGUUUGGUGACGUAUAUGAAUUGAAAGAGGAUAUUGGUGUUGGCUCCUACUCUGUUUGCAAGCGAUGCAUACAUACAGUUACCAACAUGGAAUUUGCAGUGAAGAUCAUUGACAAAAGUAAGCGAGACCCCUCAGAAGAAAUCGAAAUUUUGAUGCGCUAUGGACAGCACCCCAACAUUAUUACUUUAAAGGAUGUCUUUGAUGAUGGUAGAUACGUUUACCUUGUUACAGAUUUGAUGAAAGGAGGAGAGCUACUUGACCGUAUUCUCAAACAAAAAUGUUUUUCAGAACAGGAGGCCAGUGAUGUACUGUAUGUAAUAACUAAGACAGUUGACUAUCUUCAUUGUCAAGGAGUCGUUCAUCGUGAUCUUAAACCUAGUAAUAUUUUAUACAUGGAUGAAUCAGCCAAUGCAGAUUCAAUUAGGAUCUGUGAUUUUGGGUUUGCAAAACAACUUCGAGGAGAAAAUGGACUUCUGUUAACUCCAUGCUACACUGCAAACUUUGUAGCACCUGAGGUUCUUAUGCAACAGGGAUAUGAUGCUGCUUGUGACAUUUGGAGUUUAGGAGUCCUUUUUUACACAAUGUUGGCUGGCUACACUCCGUUUGCUAAUGGCCCCAAUGAUACUCCUGAAGAGAUACUGCUGCGUAUAGGCAAUGGAAAGUUCUCUUUGAGUGGUGGAAACUGGGACAGUAUUUCAGAUAGAGCAAAGGAUCUGCUUUCCCGUAUGCUUCAUAUGGACCCGCAUCAGCGGUACACUACUGAGCAAGUUUUAAAGCACUCAUGGCUAACCCACAGAGACCAGUUGCCAAAUGAUCAGCCAAGGAGCAAUGAUGCAUCACAUGUUAUCAAGGGAGCAAUGGUUGCCACAUAUUCUGCCCUGACUCACAAGACCUUUCAACCAGUCCUGGAACCUGUUGCUGCUUCAAGCUUAGCUAAGCGACGGAGCAUGAAAAAACAAACAUCAACUGGCCUGUAAGAUUUACAGUGUUCCUCAGCCAAACUGGAUGAAGAGAAAAUUAAAUGUACGGCUUUUUGCCUAAUCUUACAUCAAAGGCAUUGUUUUCUGCUCUAUUACUUGAAUAUUCUGUUUAAUUUACCCUUUUUAAGGGGAGUAAGGUUUUAGAAAAGCAUACACAGGUCUAUAAUAUUCAUACUAUGUUUUUUUUUUUUUUUUUUUGUUUUUUUUUUGCAGUAGUGUCCAAGUGUUUAUUUAAGCAUAUAAUUGCUGUCCACAAGGACCUAACAACUUCUCUGCACACUUACUUCUAAAAUUCCUUUCAAAUAAAGUUACUUUAAUAGUUUUUCUGGUUUCAUUCAAUAAUGAUUUGUGGUGGAAUCAUUACCAACAGUCAAGAUUCAUAUGUAAUAGUAUAAUGCCAAGCAAUGUCAGUAUUUUUUAACAUCAGAUCCUGAAGGAUAGGCUUUUUUUAAAAGAAAAACAAAAAAAGUAUUGUAGAAUUUUGUUAUGCACAACCAAAGGACUUACAUUUGUUUGAAUCUCUAUAGUUACUAAAAUGUAGACAUAGUAGUUUGGUGCCAGAGCAAAAUACAUUUGUGCUAAUAUAUGAAUUCCUGAUAUGGUUGGUGCCAAAGUUUUUAUAGAGGAAUUAAAUCACAGAUAAUGUGUGUAGACAGACCUGUAUAUUAUCCAUAAGUGGCCUCAUCUAGAAAUAAAGUUUUCCGUAAAGCUUCUGUACCUUUUACAUCUAAUGGAAUUGUAGUACAAGUGAAGAAUUUUUUAGCCAAAGGCUUUAUACCGGUGUUGUAAUCUUCUAAAUAGGGUCACAGUUAAACCUUUAAGAAUAAAGUACAUGGUGUUGACACUGUCUUGGUGUUAUGUAAGCUAACUUUCAAGUUAACCAGUUGGAUUUAAUCAUCAUCUGUCUCCUUUAUCAGUGAACUACACUUUUUUUUCUGACUUUCAUGUGCUUUGAAUUACAGUGUAGUAUAUUAAUCUAACUUGAAUCCUAUGGUAAUAUAGUUGAAAUUUUACUAUAGUGGACUUGUAUGCUUAGCACGCAUAGCGUAGUACAAUGUAUUUCUGUAAACCUUAGA